AUGCAGUCACUGCUCCCGGAGCCAUUUCACCACCAUCGCCUUCUUUGCGGCAGCGUCGGGGAUUUUCCCAUUUGCCUUAUCUAUUUCCUGACCUCGCUAUCUUCUCAUAAAUUCGGUAUCAUUAUUGAUGGCGGAAGCACUGGGACGCGUAUUCACUUAUUCGGGUACAAAAGAGGUUGGGGAGGGAUUUCGGCGAUCGAUUUUGGACUGACAGCUUCGAUGAAGGUGGUUCCAGGGCUUUCCGCCUUCGCCGAAAAUCCAGAGGUUGUUGUAGAAUCAUUGAAGGAGCUGUUAUAUUUCGUGAAGGAUAAAGUGCCAAAGAAUCUGUGGGGGGAGACGGAGGUCAGGCUGAUGGCCACCGCAGGUUUGCGAUUGCUUGAUUUUGAUCAGGCGGAGGGGAUUUUAAAAUCUUGCAGGAGCGCUCUCAGAGAGUCUGGAUUGAAGUUUCAGGAUGACUGGGCGACCGUGAUCUCAGGAGCUGAUGAGGGUCUAUAUGCAUGGAUUGCUGCUAAUUAUGCUCUUGGUACUCUUGGAAAAGCACCUCAGGAAACCACUGGGAUAGUUGAACUUGGUGGCGCUUCUGCUCAGAUAACAUUUGUUCCCAGCGAACCAAUGCCUCCAGAGUUCUCUCUUGUGAUUAAAUUUGGACAUGUCACAUAUAAUCUCUACAGCCAUAGCUUCCUUCAUCUUGGGCAGAACACGGCGUAUGAAUAUUUGCACCGACUGCUUAGUUCAAGAGACUAUAAAACGUGGGGUAGUCAAAUGUUUUUGGAUAUGGGGUUGUUUAUCUUUCAACGGGGUUUGAAAUCUGACAGCUGUUUACAUGGGUAUAAUUCUGCAUAUGAUCUUGGUUGGAAAAUUUUCUUGGCUGAUUAUGUUGUAGGAGAGGAGGAAUGCCCGCGGUUGCUCUGCUUGCUCAGGAAGGAUCAGCUGGUUUGCUUGCGGGAAGCCAUGGAGGAACGUCUGGAAGGUUGGCUAAUAUUUGCAACUGAGGGAAUGCCUGUAGGGUGCGGCUGCUCAGGUGGAAGACAGCGGAAGCCUGUAGGGAAGCAUACAGGAACGUCUGCAGGAAAUGCCUGGUGGACAACAAAAGCCUGCGGGGAAUUUCUGCAGGGAAGCUGGCAGCUGUAUGGAGAGAUCCGACAAGGUAGUAGGAACCGGGGAGGGCCUGUGGGCUGGCUGGCGGCUGCAGGGAGGAUUCCGGUGGCUGAAAAAAGAGAUCUAGGGGAGGUCACAUAUAAUCUCUACAGCCACAGCUUCCUUCAUCUUGGGCAGAACACAGCGUAUGAAUAUUUGCACCGACUGCCUAGUUCAAGAGACUAUAAAGCGUCUGCAGAAGCUUAUUUUGAGGGUGUAUAUAUUGAUCCUUGUACUCCGAAAGGUUAUUGGUUUGGUGCGGAACAACCAAAGCUCAAUGCUUAUGCACUUAAUGCGAACAUAGAUUACAACAGGCUCCCUCAUGCAUUUGGCAACUUUUCUGAAUGUCGAUUGGCUGCAUUGAUGUUAUUACGGAAGGAAAAAGAUAGAUGCUCAUAUAAGAACUGCCACAUCGGUUCAACUUUUGUUCCGAAGCUUCAAGGGAAACUCAUAGCAACAGAGAAUUUCUUCCAUACAUCAAAGUUCUUUGGAUUGGGUCCUUCAUCAUAUCUUUCUGAUUUGACGCUGGCUGGAGAACAAUUCUGUGAAGAAGAUUGGUCAAAACUGAGGAGAAAGUAUCAUGCCAUAGAGGAGGAGGAUUUGUUGCGGUACUGUUUCUCUUCAGCCUAUAUUGUGGCCCUGUUACAUGACAGUCUUGGCAUUGCCAUGAAUGACAGCGGGGUUGUAUUUGCAAACCAAGUGGGACAAGUUUCACUAGACUGGGCGUUGGGUGCUUUUAUAAUGCAGACAACAGCUGAAGGUGCAAACCUUUCAAACUGGAUUACUGUUAAUAUGAGGGCCAUCCUGCCGCGAUUACUUUCUAUCUUGAUAUUCUUCUCUAUUCUGGCAUUCAUAGGGUUUUCCCUAUUGAAAUGGCAGAAACCUUACUUAAAAACUAAAUUUGAUAUGGAGAAAAGGAGGUAUUUCAAUUUAUCUAUUUAUCCAUCGAUGAUUUUACUUGUACCAUCUCACUACAUUGGCACUCGACAACCAAUGCUACCUUUUAAUAUUCAUUAUAGAUUCUUUCAAACAUGUGUUUCCAGUCGCCUGUCUUGUAGCAAACUUAUAUUUUGUAAGGUUUCGUUUCAGAAUGAUCUUCUGCUUGGCAUAUUAUAUUUUUAA